CAUCUUGCCCUCGACCCUCAUCUCGCUGCCUACAAUUCCUCGCCUUCAUCGUCCCAAAUGGCCCCCGUCAUGACACCAAUCUUGAGCUCGUCGCUCAAAGCGAGCGAGGAGCUCACAAGGCAGCUUUCCUCGAGCUCCGUACACAGGCUCGCAGAUUUUAUAACCCGCUCGGGAUCCUCGUCCUCGAUCGUCCAAUCACCAGCCAGUUCCCCUGAAGUCCUCAAAGAGGAGGGUCUGCCUCAUGUAAAGAAAAAAUUGGAGCCCAGACACUACAAAACCCCAGAAUUCGCAGUUCGUCUGCUCAAAAUCCUCUCUUCGCUGCAAGUCGACCAGUGGUCUGACACACGUGUCAACCCGGAAGACGUCAAUAUCCGCAAGAUUUCUGGCGCUCUAACCAAUGCCGUUUUCUUUGUCUCGCACAAAACGAACAAAAGAGUACCAACUCUGCUUCUCCGGAUCUACGGGUCCUCCUCUGGGUCCCUUAUCUCUCGCCCGCGCGAGUUGCACAUCCUCCACAAGCUUUCUUCAGUAUAUCGAAUCGGACCACUGCUGUAUGGCACGUUCGAAAACGGGAGGAUCGAGCAGUACUUCAAAUCCACCACGCUGACCGAGUCUGACAUCCGAGAACCCACCGUCAGUCGGUGGAUCGGCGCUCGAAUGGCCGAGUUCCAUUCCGUCGAUAUUGAGGUCGUCAGUCCUCCUUCGGACGCCACACCAACCGGUUGGGAGCUCAGUGUGAAGAAAUGUGUGUCAUCGUGGAUGCCUGCUGCGCACAAAGUACUCUCAUUGCCCGGUGUAAGCCAUGCUGUACGUCAGGAGCUUGACUUGGCUCGUUUCGAGAAGGAAUGGAGCAUCUACGUGCAAUGGGCUGCCAAGGUUCAGGACAAACACUCUGGUAGCAAGGUGGUCUUUGCCCACAACGAUACUCAAUACGGGAACCUGCUAAAACUUGAAGACUCGAAUGAAGUCGCAGACGAACAUCGUCAGUUGAUCGUGGUGGACUUUGAAUACGCAGGUCCGAACCCAGCAGCCUACGACAUCGCCAACCACUUCCACGAAUGGACAGCCAACUACCACGGCGACACCCCGCACCUCCUCAAUCGCGCACGCUACCCCACCUUUGCCGAACGCCGCAACUUUUACAGCGCAUACAUCCACCACUCGAACAUGCUCGGCGAGGAUCCCGUGUACGAUAAAUCCGAGUUUGAGCAGCUCAUUGCUGCUUUGGAUUAUCAAGUCCGGAUUUGGAGUCCCGCAUCGCAUGGGAUGUGGGCGAUUUGGGGGAUCGUACAGGGUCGUGAGGAUGUUGAGAAUGGAGUGGAGGAACCCGAGUUUGAUUAUAUUGGGUAUGCAAAGGGUCGGAUGGCGUUGUUCCGCCAGGAAAUCGUGGAUCUCGGUGUCAUCCAGCGGUAG